AUGAAUGUGGAGAUGCAAAGUGAGAGAAAAGAAACUGACUCAAACAAGGCCAUAACUGAAAGGGAGAAAGUUGGCCUGCAACAAAUGAAGUCUGAGAUUACACAGCAAAGAGGUGAAAUGUAACAAUUCCCAGCGGUCUUAAAGGAUGAGAAGGACACUCUUGAACAAUUUAAGAUUGAGAUGGAAAGACAGAGACAAGAGAUGAGGAACAAUAUGGACUUGAUGGAAAGAGAGAGAGAUGAACUGGAAAAGACAAGGUCUGAGAUGGAUGAGUUGGAACACAUGACAGCUGAAAUAGAAAGACUGAAGGAUGAAAUUGACAAAAGAAAGGGUGCAGCAAUGAUGGAGGUGCCUCAGCUGGAGGAAAGAGAAGAUAGCAUUCAGAAACAGAGGGAUGAAGUUGUCUUCGCCUCAGAUUCAACAGACAGAAAAAAUAAAGGAUGAACCCGAACAAAGCAAGGUUGAGACACUUCAGACAGAGGAAGAAAUUAUGGACUCAAUCAAGAAGGAGAGAGAUGAUCUAGAACAAAUGAGAGCUGACAUACAAAAAGACAUGGAAGACAUUAAUAAAAACAAGAAUGUGACAGAUAGGGUGAAGUAUAGGUUGGAGCAAAGACAGUUACUACUAAACCAGCAUGAGGAGGAAAUGGAAAUCUUGAGGCAACAGUUAAAGAAGGAGAGAGAACUGAUAAAGCAAGAAACAGAAAAAGAUAUAAACCAAUCAUUAAAAUGA